CUCUAACUCACAGAGUCAGUGGAAGACAUCCCAUCAGUGAAAAAAAGCAUCCAGCAGGCGAUCAGUCAGGCCAGCAAGCUGCUGCACACCCUCAGCCACGACUACAAGAAGCUGGAGGACUUCAUUAACCAGCUGAUGGCUCUGGAGACAGCCAUCACUCAGGCUCGGUCUCUGAAGGCCAAGUUUGCCACUUGUGAGGGCGGGACGGCAGAGGACACAGAAGAGCUAGAGAAGUUUGUGAGCUCUCUCCUGGAGGAUCCGGAGGUGGUGGUGCUGGGGGCUGGGCAGGGGCCGGCCGGCAGCAUCAUCCACAGGCUGUUCAUCAACUCUCAGAGGCUGGCUGACUUCACCAGUGACGAGGCUGCUCUCCUGUCCCCGAUGGAGGAUGAAUUUGGGCUAGAGAAGAAGCCGGGCGGAGGCAGCAACAAGGUGCCGGACUUUCCCCCCCCGGCGGGGCGGGAGAUCCUGCUGCGGACCUGCGUCCCCCGCCCGGCCCCCUACUCCAAAGCUCUGCCUCAGAGGCUCUUCUGCGUGCUGAUGAAGGAGGAGUUCAGGCUGGCGGGGGCCUUCUCCUCAGACACCACCUUCUUCUGAGGCCCCUCUGAAACCAUGUGACCCCCUGAAGACAGAGCAGGAGGAGCAGGGACGUCAACAGGAUUUACUUUCUCUGUUGCUUGUUUGUUGGGACCAUUCCUUGUUCAGUAAAUGUUUUAUUUAAGCAUGACAUGUUUGUGCUGGCUAGAGAGUAUAUCUCGCCAACACUCAUGAGCCUUAUCGAGAAAGUAGUGAGAAUUAUUCUCGUUCUCAUAUUGGUGAAACAGUACACUUUCACCCAUGUAUUACAUUCCAACACAUCUCUUAUUUCAACUUUGGCAUUUAAAAACACUUCACCAGAGCUUUAGACACAAGAUGUCUAUUGUAAAUGGGCAAAACUUCAAAAACAACAAUUCUUUUUAGGGGAGAUUUGAUGUUUAUGAAGGUUCUGAGAUGGUAUAUAAUACGUGUUAUACUUCUGAGUAACAAGAUACAAAUAGCUACGUCAGUGUGUGCGCAGUAAGGGUUUAGCUGAUAAUACAUUUAGGCAUUUCCAGGUAUAAGCAUUUGCUAAUACCUGUAAAUAAUGUUGGACAGGAAUGCUAGGUAAUAAUAAAUAGGUGCACUCACACAUUAAUAUAUCCAACUCUGAAGUACUAUUACGUACUUAUUUUUAGAAAAUAAAGCUUUACUUAUCGCAGCCUCAAAAGUGAGCCUUUAUUCAAAUGAGAAAUGGUUGUAUUGUCAUUCUAACCAAUGCUCUGUCAGUGUAUUAUUAAAGUAACAUUGAUGUCCUCUGUGUGUACAGAGCUGUACUGUGUUGUUGGAACAAAGAGCGUCUCACCUAGAAAUAAACACUUGUUCUAUCUCA